AUGUACAGACUUCAAACCAAAAGGGUAAAAGCUGCUGCUGGGCAGAUGUGGACUUCAAAUCUCUCCAAGAUCAGGCGAUCUCUUAAAAAUGUUUACCAUAAAUAUAAGAACCAGCACCCAGAUUCAACUAGAGAUCCAACCUCGACUUCCUAUGAUUGUGAUAAAGAUGACAUCACUACUGAUGAAGAAAUGAGUCUUAGAGCAAUGCUCCAAGAUAUUAAAACUGCCCAAAUUGAACUCGUCAGCCAACUGACUGACAUUGUCAGUGUAGUAUCCAAAAUCCAGGAAAAGAUUGACUUUUAUCAGAAGCAGAUAGAGAUCCUGGAAACCAGAAUGAAUAUUAAUGAAGACAAACAAGGCACAAUAACUAAAGAUAUCUUCUCAAUGAAAAAGGACAUCAAUGCUUUAAAGAAGAAGGUGACAGAACUAGAAAACCAGAAUUCUUCCUCCACCAUACAUUGUUUAGAAGUUCCGGAAGGAGAAAGGGGUAAAGAGAUCAUAGAACAACUUCACAAACUCAUACAACCAGAAACUCUGAAGAACACCUUGGCUUCUACAGACUAUGGAAUCUCUUCAGCAGAACCAGAAAACGUGCCCAGUUAUCCUGAGCUCACUGAUCAUCUUGAGGAGAAAACAAUUUCCCCCAAAGUUAAAACUCUGGGAAAAAAUAACCAUCAAAAUGCAUUAAGAAGCUUUAAGAAAGCAAAGUCAAAUAUUUAUAUUUACCCAGACUUUAGUACAUGGAUCAAGCUAACUUUUGUCCAUGGAGGAAAGUGGAGAUUUUUCCUCGGUGCUACAGACUUAGAAGAAUUCAUCCAAUGGCUUCUUUCUAGGCCAGCCAUCUCUCCUGAGGAACCACAACUUGUAACCCAGAGAUAUUGUCCAUUCACUGGGCUUAUUUCAAGUUUGACUACAUUCUGUCUCUCUGUUUUCAACUAUAUUUACUGUUCUUUUGGUUCCUCAAAAGAAGAAAUAACUCGACUAUAG